AUGAUGGACGCUAUCCGUGCGGAAAUGGAGGCCACACAAGUCACCCGCGGAGCUCCCAAUGCCCUUUCAAUCCUAUCCCUUAUCCUAAAUACGCGAGACAGGAAUGGAGUCCAGUCACAAGAAGAAAUGGACAGAGUCAUCACACAACUAAUGGAGGAAAGUUUAACUACCGGAACAGCAGCACCGCCAGCGAGCGAAAAUGCCAUUCGGUCUUUGCCCAAGAAAAAAGUUGAUAAAGACAUGCUAGGAGUCGAGGGCAAAGCAGAAUGCUCGAUCUGCAUGGACGGUGUCGAAGUUGACAUCGAAGUUGCUGUGUUACCCUGCACCCAUUGGUUCCAUUCCGAUUGCAUCGGGGCAUGGCUGAAACAACACAACACCUGCCCUCACUGUCGGCGAAGCAUCAAUUUAAAUGUAGCAGAAGGAUAUGGCACCUGCGAGAAUCCAGUAGUGAUUCAGGAUAGCCCCGAGCAGCCGCAAUCCCGCCGACGUCUCAGCUCAGCUCGCACUAUGCGCAGCGGUCGGUCCUCGUUGUCUUCUUUGCAGAGCCGACUUUCUUCCCGUCGUUCUCCAGAACCGGAAGUGAGAGAAACAGGCAGCCAACAGUCUAGUCGUGGUCAAGGCGAAGGUCAAUCAUUGUUUUCGAGAAUGUUCAGAAACAACGCUUGA